AUGAAUCUGAGAAAAUCAUUAGCUAAGAAAAGCAUUCCUCUCAGCAACUAUGAAAUCUUGUUUGCUGUUCUGCUUGCAGUUUUUGUGUGUGUUUGUGCUGGAUUAAUUACACUUUCGUGGUUACUAAUCAUGGAGUUUCAACAAGCAGGUGGAAAUAGUCACACAGCCAUGGGGUCAUUUACAAUAAAGGAGGGAACAUCAUUCAGCACUAGUUUACAACAAAGAUCAUCACCCGUCUUCAAGGUCCUUGCCUUCGAUAUUCAACAAAUGAUAAAUGAAGUCUUUCAAGCAAGUCAGUUGAAAAAUGAAUUUAAGGGUUCUGAAGUUUUGCAGUUCAAAAAUGGCAGUGUUGUUGUGAUAUUCACCCUUGCCUUCACACAGUGGGUGUCUAAUGAGAAAAUAACUAAUGAAAUGGUUUCAGGUGUUGAAGCAAAGAAAGCCAGCUUUUUGCAUACAGUUAACAUUGAUGUGAAGAGCAUAACAAUCACAGCAGAAGUCACUACCAGCAAAUCCUUAACAACUUCAGGUUAUAUUUCAGUGAACUGUUUCCCUCCUGAUGAACCUUGCGCUGAAACCAUGACCUGCAUAAAAAAAGACUUAUUUUGUGAUGGAGUACCAGACUGCCCAGACAGUUCAGAUGAAGCUGAAAAAAGAUGUGCCACAACUUGUGAUGGAAAAUUUGUGUUAACUGGCUCUUCUGGGUAUUUCAACUCUCUUAAUUAUCCAAAGCCCUAUAAUUCAAAUAUUAUUUGCCGAUGGAUUAUACGUGUGAAUCAAGGGUUAUCCAUUAAACUAAACUUCACCUCUUUUGAAACGCAACAAUUUGGAGAUACCUUGAAUAUUUUUGAAGGGACAGGACAAAGCAAGAUUUUAAGAGCAUCGCUACGGGGAACUAAUCCUGGUGUUGUUCGCAUCUUUUCUAAUGAAGCCACAGCAGAGUUUGCUACAGACUAUUCUGAAAAUUACAAUGGCUUUAAUACAACGUACAGCAUAUUUAAUACAAGUGAGCUAAGCAAUAAUGAGAAAAUUAACUGCAGUUUUGAAGAUGGCUUUUGCUAUUGGACUCAAGCAUUCAAAGAUGAUGGUGAAUGGGAGAGAAUCAGUGGACGUACCUUGCCUUUAAUGACUGGUCCUAAUUUUGACCAUACAUUUGGGAACCUAUCAGGAUUUUAUAUUUCAACACCCACAGAACUUGGAGGUGGGCAAGCUAUAGUCCAGCUUUUUAGUUUGCCUUUAGUUUCAGCUUCAGAUCCCAUCUGCCUAAGUUUUUGGUAUCAUAUGUAUGGUGUUAAUGUGUAUCGUUUAAGUGUUAACAUCAUGAAAAGUGACAUGAUAAAAAAGACAGUUUUCCAGAAGGAAGGAAAUUAUGGAAAUAACUGGAAUUAUGGUCAAAUAACAUUAAAUGAGACAUCUGAUUUUCAGGUGAUUUUUGAAGCUCACAAGACACGUGGUCUAAGUGAUAUUGCCCUGGAUGACAUCAGUCUAACAAGUGGAAUCUGUAAAGAAAGCAUAUAUCCAGAACCAACUUUGGUUCCAACCGUUGCUACUACAACUUCACUUCCCACUGACUGCGGGGGACCAUUUGAACUUUGGGAACCAAACACUACUUUCAGCUCUAAAAAUUACCCAAACAACUACCCCAACCAAGCCUCCUGUAUAUGGUAUUUAAAUGCUGAAAAAGGAAAAAAUAUUCAACUUCAUUUUCAAUAUUUUAACCUGGAAAAUAUUUAUGAUGUAGUUGAAAUCAGAGAUGGAAGAGGAGUGGAUUCCUUGUUUCUAGCUGUUUAUACAGGACAAGCCUCUUUUCCAGAUGUCUUCUCUACCACUAACCAGAUGACAGUGUUCUUCAUUACUGACAAAACUGGAACUGAAAAAGGAUUUUUAGCAAACUUCACUACUGGUUACCACCUUGGCAUGCCUGAGACCUGUGGACACAAUGAUUAUCACUGUGGAAGUGGGGAAUGUAUUCCACUAGCCAACCUCUGUGACAGACUCAAGCAAUGUAAAGAUGGAUCCGAUGAAGCAGAGUGUGUACGUCUGUUUAAUGGUUCUUUAAGUGUCAAUGGGUUGGUACAAUUCAGGAUUGAGAAUAAAUGGCAUCUAGUAUGUGCAGAUUACUGGACUGAGCAGAUUUCAAACAAUGUCUGCCAACUGCUAGGACUAGGGAAUGUGAAUACAUCAUCAACCAAGUCAUCCAUUGGAGGUGAUUCAUUUGUAAAAAUCACUGAAGCAGAAAACCACAGUGUAAUAAUGACACCAAGCAAACAGUGUCUCAAUAACUUAGUGAUUCAUCUGCAGUGUAACAAUAAACCAUGUGGAAAAACGCUGAUAACUCAGAAGAACAGUGCAAGGAUUGUAGGAGGAAAUGAUGCCAACAUAGGCGCUUGGCCUUGGAUAGUCUCACUACAUUAUAAUAACAGACAUCUUUGUGGAGCUUCCCUUGUCAAUGAUGAAUGGCUGGUCUCGGCAGCACACUGUGUAUAUGGGAGGAAUUUAAUACCAUCUAAAUGGAAUGCUGUACUUGGUUUGCAUACUGUUUUGAAUCUGACAUAUCCACAGACAGUAAUUCAAGUGAUUGAUCAAAUUAUCAUAAAUCCCCAUUAUGAUAAGCGCACAAAAAACAAUGACAUUGCCAUGAUGCAUCUUCAAUACAAAGUAAAUUUUACAGAUUACAUACAGCCUAUUUGCUUACCAGAAACAAGUAAGAAUGUUUUGCCAGGAAUUAAUUGCUCUAUUGCUGGAUGGGGUAGAACUACAAAUGAAGGUGCCCCUGCAAGCAUAUUGCAAGAAACAGAGGUGCCUCUAAUAACAAAUGAGAAAUGCCAACAACAGAUGCCAGAAUAUAAUAUCACUGGACAUAUGAUGUGUGCAGGUUAUGACAAAGGAGGAAUAGAUUCCUGUCAGGGAGAUUCAGGUGGACCCCUGAUGUGUGAAGACAAUGGCAGAUGGUUUUUGGCGGGUGUAGUAUCCUUUGGCUAUGAGUGUGCACUGCCCCAUCGUCCUGGGGUGUAUGUCAGAGUCACAGAAUUUGUGGACUGGAUUAAAAAAAUUAUUCAUUAGCUUGAUUUAAAAAUAAAGGAUGCAAAUACAGUUUCAAGGUAAAUGUGGAGGAAAGAAGCAUAUGCAACAAUGUAUAACAAUGUAGCAUUCAACCAUUAAAAAAAACUGAAAAACUUGUCUAAACGUAAAUUUGCAGCUGAAAAAGUUGAAUAUCAAGAACU